AUCUCGGCAAAACAAUGGACAAAGGAUUCAAGGAGGCGCUGAUUCUACAUUCCGAAAAGAUGCGCGCCCACCGGAUUCUUCACGGGUUAUAUACAUCGACGAACGAUCAUCAUCACCUAUUCACCUCUACCUUCUUCGUCAACAAUUUUCUUUUGGCAUUCAACCCUAGGAAUUUCUCCAUCCCAUCUUUAACAAACCAGAAAUGGCAGAUUCCCAGUCUACCCCCAAGUCCACCUUCGAUUCCGCCAAAGAGUGGGUCUCUGAGCACAAGCUUCGCACCGUCGGAUGUCUGUGGCUGAGCGGUAUUACGGGAUCUAUUGCAUACAAUUGGUCAAAGCCCAAUAUGAAGACCAGCGUCAGAAUUAUCCAUGCCAGGUUGCACGCGCAGGCUUUUACGCUAGCUGCAUUAGCGGGGGCGGCAGUGGUCGAGUACUAUGAUCACAAAAUGGAGAAAAGUGACCGUUAUGCCAAGUUUCUUCAACUGGACACCGUUUCACAGAAGAAAUGAACACUCAGUUUUCUUGAUGUGUUAUGCAACACUGAGCAUUCCCGAACUGAGCGGUUCAUAUGUUGUAGCUUCUUGUAGCUUCUUUCUUUCUUUCUUCUUUUUCUUCUUUUUAAUCUCAGUUUUCUUUUAGUAGCACGCAUCUAGCCUGUAGUUUGCUGUAAUAUUCAUCUCAUGAGAUGGUGCAAAUAUCUGCAAGAUGGGCAUAUCAAAAUCUGAAAUAAUACGAGUCCUCUCUGGCAAGUGGCAAAGGAAUUCCUAUAUGGUCACAUCCUAAUGUGUUAUGGUUUUAAACGGAAAAAUAGAUUUAUAUGGGUUAUGUUGAAUUUAUAUGGCAUAUUGGCAUCCAC